GAGACGGAGACGGAGAGACAGAGACGGAGAGACAGAGUUUGUUUUUUUUCCCGAGUCCCAGGAAUUCUGGGAAUGGUAGUUUAGAGGUGUGUGUGUAUGUGUGUGUGAGAGCUGGAGAGAGAAAGCACUAGCGAGCGAGAGCUAGAUGUGCGCAGGCGCAGUUCAUGGUGAUUAUUGCCAUUUGUUCCCGGGGAAGGCCACAGGCAGGAACACGAUGUUGGGAGAUUACAACCUUGGAGAACAAAAAUCAAUCUUAAUAAAACAUAUGUGGUCUGAGACCUUUCACUGAGAGCUUCAGGACAGAGACUGAGAUAAAUGAGCAAAUCCUCGAUUGUUUAUGGUAAAGGAAUUACUGACUCACCUUGCUUGGAGAGACAAGACUUUGCUAAAGCCUGAACAACAGGGAGGGAAUAACCAUAGAGGAUCUCAUUUUAAUACUUGAAUUGAAAGCUCUGCUAUCUUAGAACCCUGCCUUUCCCCAAGAUAGAACAGAGGAAGAAAAGAGACUGGAAAUGACUUCUGUUCUUCUUUUAGCUAGAUCCCAGGAAUCAGUGACAUUCAAGGAUGUGGCUGUGAACUUCACUCGGGAAGAAUGGGGACAACUAGAUCCUUCUCAGAGGGACUUGUACAGGGAUGUGAUGUUGGAGAACUAUGGGAACCUUGUGUCCAUUGGGCUUCCAGUUUCUAAACCAGAUGUGAUCUCCCAGCUGGAGAGAGGAAAUGCACCAUGGAUACCAGAGGAAGAAUUCGCAAGAAGCACUUGUCUAGAUUCUUUUAGCCUGGAAACUAAGGAUGAAAUUGAAUAUUCAUCUCCAAAGCAGACUAGAUGUACAGGAAUAUCUACAGAAGGACUUAGAAAAGAAAUCACCUGGGAUUCCAAGAUGAGAGAAAAUUUAGAAUAUAAUGUCAAAUUAGAAAGGCAGGAGAACAAUCAGGAAAAACAAUACAGACAAGUAACACACACUCUAAGAAAAGUAUCUAGUGACUAUGAUACAUUGGUGAGAAGUUUCAGCCCAGGGUCAGUCUUUGUUCCACAACAGAGAGUAACCACAGGAAAAAGCCUCCUUAAAUACAAUCGAAUAUCUGUAGGAAAGAAGCUUUCUAAGUACAAUAAAUACAGGAAACCCUUCAGUUACCACUCAGAUCUUAUUCAGUUUCGUAUAACAAAUUCUGGAGACAAAUCAUAUAUAUGUCACGAAUGUGGGAAAGUCUUUGGCCAAAGGAGAUAUCUUAUUGAACAUCAGCGAAUUCAUACUGGACAGAAGCCCCAUAAAUGUGAUGAAUGUGGAAAAGCCUUUAUCCAGAGAGGAAAUCUCACAUCUCAUCAAAGAAUUCAUACUAGAGAGAGACCCUUUGAAUGUAAGGAAUGUGGGAAAACUUUUAGUCAGAGAGGUCACCUUACUGAACAUCAGAGAAUUCAUACUGGUGAGAAACCUUUUGAAUGUAAAGAAUGUGGAAAAGCCUUUAGUCAUAGAGGACACCUUGCUGAACACCAGAGAAUUCAUACUGGAGAAAAACCCUUUGCAUGUAAUGAAUGUGGGAAAGCUUUUAGCCACAGGACAUCUCUUAUUUAUCAUCACAGAAUUCAUACUGGAGAGAAACCCUUUAAAUGUAAUGAAUGUGGGAAAGCCUUCAGUCAGAGAGGAAACCUUACUGAACAUCAAAGAAUUCAUACUAGAGAGAAACCUUUUGAAUGUAACGAAUGUGGGAAAGCCUUUAGCCACCGAGGUCAUCUUACUACACAUCAGAGCACUCAUUCUUCAGAGAAACCAUAUCUUUGUAAUGAAUGUGGGAAAACCUUUAGCCAGCGGGGAAACCUUAUUGAACAUCAGCGAAUUCAUACUGGAGAGAAACCCUUUGAAUGUAAUGAAUGUGGGAAAACCUUUAGUAGAAGGGCAUACCUUCCUGAACAUCAGAGAAUUCAUACUGGAGAGAAACCUUUUCAGUGUAAUGAAUGUGGAAAAGCCUUUAGCCACAAAGGAAGUCUUACGGAGCACCAGAGAAUUCACACUGGAGAGAAACCCUUUCAGUGUAAUGAAUGUGGGAAAACCUUCAUUAAAAAUGCUCGUCUAGCCCAACAUCAGAAAAUUCAUACUGGGGAGAAACCAUUUGAAUGCACUGAAUGUGGAGCAAUGUUCAGCCAGGAAGAAAGACUUAUUGAACACCAGAGAAGGCAUGCUGGAGAGAAACCUUUUGAAUGUAAAGAAUGUGGGAAAUUCUUUAGUCGGAAGGGUUACCUUACAGAACAUCAGAGAAUUCAUGCUGGAGAGAAAUCUUUUGAAUGCAAAGAAUGUGGGAAAUUCUUUAGUCGGAAGGGUUACCUUACUGAACAUCAGCGAAUUCAUGCUGGAGAUAAAUCCUUUGAAUGUAAUGAAUGUGGAAAAGCUUUCAGCCAAAGGAAAUACCUUACUCAGCAUCAGAAAAUCCAUACUGGGGAAAAACCCUUUGAAUGUAAUGAAUGUGGGAAAGCUUUUAGGCAAAGAGGACACCUCACAGCACAUCAGAGUAUUCAUACGGCAGAGAAGCCCUUUGAAUGUAAUGAAUGUGGAAAAGCAUUCCGACAGAGAGGAAGCCUUACAGAACACCAGAGAAUGCAUGCUGGAGAGAAACCAUUUGAAUGUAAUGAAUGUGGGAAAGCUUUUAGUCACAGGAGCAGUCUUACUGAACAUCAAAGAAUCCAUGCUGGAGAGAAACCCUUUGAAUGUAAUACGUGUGGGAGAGCCUUCACCCACAGGAAAUCCUUCAUUUACCAUCAGAGACUUCAUAGUGGAGAAAAACCAUUUGAAUGUAAUGAAUGUGGAAAAGCCUUCAGUGACAACUCUUACCUUACAUUACAUAUGAGAAUUCAUACUGGAAAGAAACCCUAUAAGUGUAACCAUUGUGGGAAAGCUUUUAGCCAGAGAGGAAACCUUACUGAACAUCAAAGAAUACAUACUGGAGAGAAACCCUUUGAAUGUACUGAAUGUGGGAAAGCCUUCACCCACAGGAAAUCUCUUAUUUAUCAUCAGAGAAUUCAUGCUUGAAUGAAACUCAUUGAGUAUAGUAACUGUGGGAAAUCUUUUAGCCACAGCAAAUUCUUUGUCAUAUUGGUGAGAAGCUUUUGGACAGUGAAAAUCCCUUAGCCACAAAGGGAAACAAUGAACAUCAGAUGAUUCAUACCAUAAUGAUUCCUGAGACAUUAUUAAAAACUUUUUAAUAUUGAAAAGUUACAUAUAAGCAAUGCAUGUGGAAAACAGUAGUAACUGAAUCCUUAGAAUGCUCAGAAAAUUCUAAUUAAAAGAAAACCUGAAUGUAUUUACUAUGAAAAACUAGAGUAAUUCAUCCCUCAUCAGAUGUUAGAGACUUCAUACAAGAUUAUCAGUGGAAUUGUGUAGCACUGUAUAGAACAUUGAUUUGGAGAAAAGAUCUUUGCCUCAGACACUUAAUAGCUGUGGACUGAGCAAUUCACUUAUUUUCUCUCAGCCUUAUUUUCCUUAUCUGUAAAACAAGGAUAAAUGAUAGUACCUACCUCACAGGAUUAUUGUGAGUAUCAAAUGAAAUGAAGUCAGAUAAAACAUAUUAGGUGUUUUGCAAACUUCAAAGUGUUUUGUAAAUGCAAAUUAUAUGUAAUAACGUGGAGAAUGCAUUACAAAAGUCUUGUCAGUUUUUAAAAAGAAUACAGACAGUUCUUGUCUUAUUCAAAUUCAGCUCCCCAGUGGCACACAGCAGGAUCUUAUCUCCCCUUCUCCUAUCCAACCUGAAGUCUUCUCUAGGCCCUGAAGCUGCUAUAACUUUGGGAGGAGGGGCAGGCAUUAAAUCUCCUUCCAGGAUCCCAAUGACUUUGGGGUGUUGAGCUGAUUAGGAGGCAGAGCUACUCAGUUCUCAGAAGUGGGAGAGAUCUGCAGAAUGGCCCACUUAUGGUAAAGAAUUGUCUGAAUUGGAAAGUAAAGAUGGCAGAGUUUAUUAUCUCCUAUGUAUUUCAGUGUUUUGAGGGAGAAAAAUUCUGUCUUAAUACUUUCUUCCUGUAAUACAUACUGGCUGCCAUCUGAUGACUGAAUUACAUGUAUUAGUGCAGCUAGUGUUUGGGUGCAGAAAUAGGGACUGAAGUACAAUAUAUUUUUUAAACUGUUCAAGAAAGUUACUAAAAUAACAUGUAAUUAGCUAACUAUAUAUUUUAUAUUCUUUAAACAAUAUUCUAGUUAUAGUAAAGACAUAAUCUUGAUGCAUAUUACAUUGGAGAAAAGCAGUGGUGUUAGAAGAUCUGAAUGCAGAUAUUUCUGGCAUUACCUCUUUGACACUGGGCAAGUCACAACCUCUCUGUGACCCAGUUUUGUUUUGUUUUGUUUCCAUCUAUAACCUGAGGAGUUUAGAGACUAAAUAGUCUUUUAAAUCCCUUUUUACUAUAGAUCCAUGAUUAUUACAGACUGUUAUAUAGAUUUUUUCAAUAAAAAAUGUAAGUUAAUGCUGUCAAA